CCUCCGCUAACCCUCUUAGGGUCGUCAUGGAUUAAAUUUGGGGGGCACAGGAGGACCAAGGAAAGCAAUUUGACCGAGGAUGACAGGGUAGGGGCGUGACUCAGAAGCCACCCAGACAUGAUUGGAUACGCGGAGAUGGAGUCGACGCUGCACUACACGUCGGUCACUCACGCCGACGCCAUGAUGACCAGCAUCAACAAAAUGCGUCUCAACUCUGACCUUUGCGACGUGACCGUCAUCGUGGGCAACUUUCGUAUCAUGGCCCACCGGGUCAUCCUCUCUGCCUCGGCCCCCUUCUUCUACCAGACCCUACAGACAUCUGCCCACCACCAGCAGACACUGUCGGCCGCCCUCCACCCAACAUCGGAGCUUCACCUGGACGGAGUGGAUGUGACGGCGGCACUCAAGAUCAUCGAGUUCUGCUACACCUCGGCCAUCUCUCUGGACAACGACAACGUCUGGCCGCUGCUCACCGCAGCACUCAAGUUUGAGCUGACCGAGAUCUCCGGUUUGUGCUGCGAGUUUGUCUCGGACGAUCUGGACAUUUCGAACUGCUUGCACGUCCAGUGCAUGGCCGCCCGCCUCAACUGUUCGCAGCUUGUGGCAACCGCCGCGCAGUUUAUUGAGGAAAAUAUCGAGAAGAUUUGUGCCAGUUCAUCCCUUCUGUCCUUGGCCGCGCCAGACGUUGUAGACUUGACCAGUAGCCUGUCAGCCUCCAGGCAGAAAGACGACAUCCUGCUCAGUGUGAUUACCGCAUGGCUGGGGUUCGAUCCUGCUGGUCGAUGCCACGUCUCGCAGCUGUUCCUGCGAAAGUUUCCGGAGUUCCGUGAAGAGUUGUCAAACCUGUACCCCGGUGGUGUGGAGGACAUCGUCUGUGGAGGGAGGAACAAAGAUCUCCAUGGGUCAUCUGGCACAACUGAUGGUUUAGAAAAGGCCAGCACAGAAGUGCCCACUGUUGGCGUCGUCAACUCUCCCGAGACACUAGUUGAGAAAAGUGAUCCAACAUCACGCGGGCGAGAUAGGGAGGGGAAUGUCAAGGCCAAACUGUCUGUGGACUCUUACAAGGUUCCCGCAUCCCUCAAUCACUCCGAGGUGAGCGUGGAUGAACCGUUGUACAUCUGCGUGUCGUGCGGGGAUGAGUUUGCCUCGGCGUCUGAGCUGUGUCUUCACCAGCGGUGCUGCGAGGAGUCGGCGCAUCCUGUCUACGUCUCUCGCAACGUGAGGGAGUGGAGGGAGAGGAGGGGGCAGGCAGGUGCUGGUGCUGCUUCCUCAUCUCAGAACAACGCGUCUCCGCUCGAAGACGAGUGCGGAAUAACUGUCGAUGAUAGUCUCGUUUGCUCGCCGUCUGAGCGUGCGUCAUCUUCUGACUUUAAGGCGGAACAGGAAGUGGGGGGCGGUGUCUCAUCAGAUAUGCAGAACUAUCUCGGAACUGGAAGUCAACUUGACAACGCUAGAGUUUCUGCUGAUGCUGCUGAUUUUUCUGGUGGUUGCGAUACAGGAAGUUGUGGUGAUGAAGAGGCCAGCGGUGCUGUUCUAGGUGGGGACAAACACGAGGGAAAUGCUACGACUGCCUCAUCGUCAAGAGAGGCAGAGGUGGAUGAUGGGAUGUUGCAUAAUGACACAAACAACAAUGAUAUUAAUGAAGGAACUGGGGAGAAAAAUGGGGACGGUGCGAAGUGCGAGGAGGAGAAUGUUGAUGGUGUGAAUGUCGAGAGCAGAGAAAUGACUGGUUCCAUUGUUGGAAUUGACAGUGGUGGGGAGGGAAAGGCUGUGGUCAAAGUAGAGCCAGCUCAGCCCGACGAGUUGUCUUCCUCCACUACUCGACUCCUCAACUUGGGGUCGGAACUCAGCACCCUGGGUUCUCAGUCCAUGCUGGGCUUCAAGUGUCAGAUUUGCUACAAAGGUUUCGGGGAUCGCAAAAGUCUGUCGAAACACUGGAAGAUGACGCACGGGGUGGACCAAAGAGCCGCCUCAGGGAUGGGGGAUCACUCCACAGUGUACCAGUCACCCACCGUCACCCCUGCUACUGGUGCCAGCCAUGAACAAAGGGAGAAAGUCGGUGGUGCUAAGAAGUCGAAACUCUCCAGAGCCAGUCUGGUGGAAGCUGAUGUCGGCACAGAGUUCUCCUCCUCCUUCACUUCCUCCAUCACUCAACAACAACAGAUUUUGCCGGCAGACGUGAACGGCUCGUCGGAGGCAUCUGAGCUGUACCAGCAGUACGUGCGCCAGUACCAGGAGUUUGCCAAGUGGUGCAUGGAGCAGAGCCCCACCUUUUGCCAGGCGUGUCUGCUCUACCACCCGAAGGGAAGCGUGUGUCCCAAGGCUGCGGAGGUGGGGGGCUCGGGAACCUCGGAACAACCCCACGGGCGUCACCACAGAGGGGGGAGACAAACAACGACAACAGCAGAAGUAGGUCAGGGUUUCGAAGGUGCCCGUACACCAGACGGCGGUUGCCACGGAGACAAGGCUGGGGUGAAGACGGAUCCCUCAGCAGAGAGUGAGCAGCCGCUGGACAUGAGCAAGAGCUCGCACGACUUUUCCCCAUCUUCCGCCGCGACGGGUGGGAUCGGCGGGAGCACCUUCCUCUCUCCUCUCUCUGUGGGCCGCUCGACGACCGCGGCUCUCGCCGGUCUGGCUGCGUCCUCCCCCCUUGGCCUGUCGCAGUAUUACAACUACGCCCGGCUCCUCGCUGGUGACACCUCGGUCAGCCACCAGGGGGACCCGGCGUCGGCUCAGUUGGCCUCGCUGGACGUGAACGGUGACGCUGCUCACGCUAUAUAUGGACAGUUCCUCCCCUACCCUCCCUCCUCCUCCUCCUCCUCCUCCUCCACAGGGUACCAUCAUGCACUCAGCCUCGUACAAGACAACUCCUCCCUCACCUCCGUCGAGACCAACAGGGCGAACAACUCAGCUGACAAAUUUCCCAGCCUGCCCGACCAGAAAACGGUGUCUGACGGCCCGAAAAGACGACAGAACUCCAAAGGUGGGGAACAUCCUCAGACCAGCUCGGGUCAGCAGCGGUCGGGUCCCAAACGCCGACUCGCUUCCCGGCAAGGCUUCCCGUGUAAUGUGUGCACACGCGUGUUCUCCUACCAGGCCGCGCUGUUCACACACAUGCGCACACACUCCCCUACUGCGCGUGUGUACCAGUGCCAGCUAUGUCACGAGAGCUUUGCGCGUGCCCCGGACUUGAAGGUGCACGUGUGCCCCAACGGCAUUGAGAAGCCCUACAACUGCCCGAGCUGCGGUCAGACCUUCGCCAAGAACAUCCACCUCAAGCGCCACCUCGCCACCCACUCGGGACUCAAACCCUACCCCUGCUGGGUGUGUGGCAAGCGCUUCAGCCGCAGCGACCACCUCAAGCGACACACGCAGAGCAUCCACGCCGGGUCGCGCCCCCACGUGUGUCAGGUGUGCGGCAAGGAGUUUGUUCGCAAGUAUGAGCUCAACAAACACAUGUUGAUGCACAGCGCGCCGGGCAUGGCUGGCGGGAUACCGGGGCUCACGGCCGGGGUCUCAGCAGAGGUCACGGCUGGGGUCAUGGCCAGAGUCACAGGGUCAGACACUACCUGAGGCUUUCUGGAAGGUUCUGACAAAAGUCAUCACGAAAAUUUCCUGAAUUCCAAAUGUUGGUUUUUUUCAUGUUUCAGAGUUCUCAGUGUUUCCUUUAUAACAAUUUUAUUUUAUGUUCCCCAUUUAAGUAUGUGAUAUCAGUAUCAUUAUUUUGUUACAGAUCCCAUUGUGUACAUUUCUGAAAUCCUACUGCAUACCCGAAAGUGUCUUAUUAUUAUAUCAGUAAGAGUGCAGAAGUCGCACUGACUUUCCUAUAUGCCAUGGGGAGCACGCGGCAAAGAACGACAAAGAUAUUGAAGACAGGAUUAUAAUAAUCCGGCUUGACAAGUGUCCCGAAUUUGCUGAGACUGUCCUGGAUUCGACUAUCUGGAAUUUAAGACGAGCUGUGUCACAAACACGACAUCUCAACCUGUCCCUCUUGGUGUGAUUUUGUACCUUGUUACAUAAUCUGUAGAAGUAACUGUGAUGUUGGGCAUCUCUGAGUGGGUUUUGAACAGUGGAACAAGUUGUGUUAAGCCUGAGAUUAUUAAGGCUGCAGCGGUCAUCUUGCUGUUUUCUGGGGAGGGAGGGAGGGGGGGGGGGAUCUUUUUGUGGUCCCACAUCUUAAAAUUCGUAGUAGGGAUGUGAUUGCAUAGCUCAGUUGCAACACAGUGUAUGUCGUAUGAAUUACAGUCAGGGACAAUGUUGAGAAGCAGAACUUGCUUGAGCUGUAUACUAAGAAUAGUAAGCUGCUGUUAUGAAAAACAAAAUGUGAUGUAAGUUAUUUUAUCAGAGUUUAUCUUUCAAAUUUCUAUAAACGAGAAAAAUAUGUGCCUGUCAAACAGUAGCUGAGAGUCUGUGAACGCUUUUCGAAUUCUAAAGGAUUUAUUUUUUAAACAUAUGUCCUUGUUUCUCAAAAUGUGCAGUAGAGAUUGCGGUGAUAACAUUACCGUACGUCAUUUUGUAAUGAUUUUGUCUACUGUAGGAAUAUUACUAGGCCUUUGUCAUUAAAAAAAUUCUGUUGUCUAGCUUUCGGCUUUACAGUGAAAAUUUUUAAUAUGUUUUGGACAAGAUUGUAAGUAUGUUUUAAAUCCUGAGUUUGGCAAUAUUCCAUUUGUGAUCUGCAUGGCUUGGAUUGCCUGUAAAAUAUUAAGUGAAAUUUUGUAUUGCAAGAGCAAUAUAUGUGAGUGAGAGUGAUGUGUAUUAUAUUGUCACAGUACCUUACCCUUAACGUGGUUGAAAUUACUUGGAACUUCUUAACAUUGUUGAUCAGAUAUGAGAAAAUGAAAAACCUUUAGUAAUACUCCAUUCAUAAUGUCUGAGCUGCUUGCAUAAUGCAAUGUUAAGUUGUCUGGAAAAAUAUUGCUGAGAUGUGUUAUGUUUGCUUUUUUUUAUUUGCUCAAUUAUUCACAACUUUGUUGUGUUGAAGAUUUCUGGGAAGAAGUUACGCUUGUCUUCUUUCACCGUUUUGAAAAGGUUCUUGAUCAGUGUCUGGUUUUAUUGAACACCUCUGUGCCUACUCUGUUCUCCUUGUUGUGCUUAUGCAACAUGAGUCCGUAAUAGCGAGCAAAGUGUCAAGUAAUUAAACUGUAGUGAUGAUGUUGUGAAGAGAGUGAAAAGUUGGCCGCAGGUUGCACAUAGCUGCUGAAAUGUAUGUAUUCAUUCAUCAGUAAAAUUGUUGUGCGUUUGUAGUGAGGUAGGUAGUGAAAGGAACUUUAGGCACGCUUACUGAAAUUAUUUCAUCUGUUAAAUUAUUUAAAUUUUAAUGUUCAUAUUCAAACAUAGUCUUGAUUUCAGUAGUAGUUGGUACUCCAGAUACAGUGGAAGAAAUUUAUUUGUCAAUAUGUAUAAUAAAAGUAAGAAGAUGACUUCCAUGGUGCCCACUCCUUGGGAGCUCUAUGUGCUUUACAAUAAAAAUAAGAUUUUAAGCAACAUUUCAAGUAUAAUGGACCGUUUGACGAACAACAAUCCUUUCAAAUACAUAAUAUAAUGCACCCUCAGUAUUGCAAAGGACAUAUAUAUCCACAGAAAGACAAUCACUCUGGCUAUUGAUCACACUUGUUGUUGAAAGAAGAAUCAAACUAGUCGGUAAAUUAGGAUAAACUAGUCGGUAAAUUAGGAUAUAUUUUUUUAUGUGCUUUUAGACCAGAUGAAAAUGCGGUCAAAGUAGGGGCCUCUCUUAGUACAUUUAUGUUGUUUUAAUGUUGUUAUGGUGACUGUUGAUGCGACAGUAAAACGUUUAGUGGCAUCAGUAGGUGUGUCAGUCAGUCAUGUGUAGUGGCAUCAGUUGGUGUGUCAGUCAGACAUGUGUAGUGGCAUCAGUUGGUGUGUCAGUCAGACAUGUGUAGUGAUGUCAGGUGGUGUGUCAGUCAGACAUGUGUAGUGGUGUCAGUUGGUGUGUCAGUCAGACAUGUGUAGUAGCAUCAGUUGGUGUGUCAGUAAGACAUGUGUAGUGGCCUAAGUUAGUGUGUCAGUCAGACAUAUGUAGUGUAGUGGCAUCAGUUGGUGUGUCAGUCAGACAUGUGUAGUGAUGUCAGUUGGUGUGUCAGUUAGACAUGGUCUGACAUGUGUAGUGUCGGCAGUUGGUGUGUCAAUAAGACAUGUGUAGUGACAGCUUCUCUAGACACGGCAUACCCUCAGUGAUGGAGUGCUCAAGCGCUUGGUUUCUAUCUAGUCCAAGAACGACGACGGCUCUUUGUACCGUAUUGUUGUAUUACAGUAUAACACAGAUAGCUCGAAUUCAUCGGGAAAGGCCUCGGUAGUCCAAGGGAUCCAUAGUUCGGGUGAUAUCUUAACGAAGAUAAAGAAGAAAAAAAAA